AUGAACAUAUCAUUGGCUCUACGUGAUGUACGCGUACAAAUACCACAUGCUGUUAGAAAGGGAGAAAAGGCCAUACUUAAGUGUCUAUAUGAUUUGGAAGGUGACAGUCUAUAUUCAGUUAAAUGGUAUAAAGGACGAAGAGAAUUUUAUAGUUUUACCCCCAAAGAAACACCAGCUAUGAAAGUUUUUCAAUUCGCUGGCGUAAAAAUUGAUCGCUCUUCUUCUAAUGAAAGUCAAUUGGUGUUAGAAACUGUUAAUGCCGCCACUUCUGGAAAAUACAGCUGUGAAGUUUCAGCCGAUGCUCCCUCAUUUCAUACUCUUAUUGGCGCCGGAGAACUUGAAGUAGUGGUUCCUGGCAAAGAUCCUGUUAUAACCGGCAUACGUUCACGCUAUAAAGUGGGUGAUAUUGUCAGAGGCAACUGUACUUCUUCACAUUCUAGGCCGGCAGCCAAUAUAACAUGGACUGUAAAUGGUUAUGAGACAAAUCCCGCUCAUAUACGACACUUUAAGCCCCAUAAGGAUCCACGUGAAUUAGAAACUGUUAUUUCUGCCAUACAUUUUGUCGUAACACCACAACACUUUAUUUAUGGCAAAUUAAAGAUACGUUGCACUGCUUUUAUACACGAUGUUUAUUGGAAAUCGACGGAAAAAUCCAUAGAAGAAAAUCGUUUAAAUAAGGCUGGAUCUUCGAAUGUGGUGCACAAAUUUUCGGAAGAUUACUUCGAUUUAGAUGAGGAUAAUGUAGUAGAUCGCUCAGAUACCUAUAUGACACACAUAAAAGGUGAUGUUUCCUCGUUAAAUGCUAGUGGCUGUUCAGCUUUACAUAAAUGUUCUUGCUUUUGGCCACGUUUAACAACACUCUCACUUGUAGUGUAUGCCGUGCAACAAAUGUUCCAAUUAUUGCAACAAUUUUUAAGGCAAACUACAAGCAAUACAGCAACAAAAAAUAACAAUUUCCAAACAAUAGAAACACAUACGAAAGCACUAAUAAAAAACGAAAAAAAUGUAUUAAAAACAAAAACAAUAUCUACGACAACAACGGUAAUAAAACAAAAACUACAACAUAUAGGAAGAUCUUUAGCAACACAAGUGUCAACAAUUUGCUAUGAAAACAACAUACCAGCCAAAGAGAACAAAACAAUAGAAAAAUGUUGGCCCAAAGAAAAAUAUUUUGAAAUAAAGUUAAUCAAGAAAAAACAUGUAAAACAAAUACAACAAGCGCUAAAGCUAAAUGAAGAAAAAUGGCAAUUGCCAGCCAAAUAUGUAAACACUUUAAGACAGAAACAACUGCAACUAGAACAAUUGCAGUCACAAUUGCUGUCACAAAUACAACAAGAGUGUGAUAAAACUCUCUAUGAGUCUGAGUAUAAUUUAACAAUGACAACAACUCAAGUGGCAAAUAUUUUACCAGCCAACAUUGUAACUUUAACGCUUGUUUUAAAUUUUUUACAAUAUAUUUUCUAUAAAGUAUUUGCAACACACCAUAAUUUAUACGCACAAUUUUGUACAACACCCCCAAAUAACUGCUCUAAUGGAUUGAAUACCGCCACUUGUCUUAAUACUCCUACAACAACUGGUAACUCAACAUCAAAAGACUUUUUUGUAACUGCAACAAAACAAACAACAACAACGGCAAAAAUAACAAUAACAACAUGACUUGAUUAUAUACAUUGUAAAAUGGCUUAAAAUUGCUUGAAAUUUAUACAUAUUUAACAUACAAUAACAACAAUAGCAACUAUAGUAUAACUAAAACUGAAAAAUUUAUUUCGUUUCACGAAUACUUAUACAUACAUACUUAUAUAUGCAGAUACUUGCAUUAAACAAACUUAAAUAGUUAUUUUUAUUUACUGACACACAUACUUAUAAAAUUUGUACACGCAAAGAAAAACAUGAUUGUGGUUUUUAUAUUCUAAGUAUUACAUUACAGGUUAUCUUUUGAGUAUCCACAAAGUAUCCGCAAACGUUUUAUUAUAAUCAGAUAAACAGAAGUAUAACUUGAUUAUUAGAUCAUACUCAUACAUAAUUUUUCUAUAUGUAUAUGUUGUUAAGCAUUUGUAUGUUUUAUAAGUAAGGGAGUUUAAAUUAAUAAGGAAGUUAUUUUUGAAAAUAUGAAAAAUAAUUUACUACAUCUAAUCAUUCGAUUAGAUUUCAAAAAUAUGAUUAAAUUUUUAAAAUCUCUUCUCUGAUUAAGAAGAGUUUAAUUUUACUUAAAUCCGUGAUACACGGUUGUCAGAUUAUACAACGUUAUCAGUACAAUGCUCCAAAAAUGUCUUAUAAUCGUCUGAACUUAAAAAUUUUCUUUUGCAACGUUGUCAGAAAAAGCAUUACCGAAAAUUUAGCAAGACAUAAUUUGUAAGUUGACAGUAUUAUUAGACAUUUUCUGCACAUUUCACUGCCAACGUUGUAAGAUCUAACAACCGUGUAUAUAGAGUAUUGCAAUUUGUAGUCGUUUGCAAAUUUUCUCCCUUCAAAUAUGAAAUACCUCCCUUAUAUUUUAAAAAUGCACGUAUACAGCAUGUUUUUUUUCUUUUACAUUUCUGCAUUAGUACGUUUGUCUAAGUGUCUAUAUAAUAUAUUUGUUCUACAACAUCAUAUGGAAGAAAAUUUGAGUUCUUCAGAUUAUUUUUUUCUUAUUUUUUGUUAUAAAAACAAAAUGUUGCAACAUUUUCGAAAUAUAAAAUUCUCUUUUUGUAGACCGUGUUCGUUUAUUUAUUUUUUAACAUCGUUUUGUAUAUGAAACAGCCUUAAAGCGUUAAUUUUCAUUUUAUUUUCUUUUUUAGUUUUAAUAUAAAGAACAGAAGUACUUGUAAAGCGAACAAAAAAAAAUCAGAUCAGUGUAUAAAUCAUAUUAAAAUAUGCGAAAUUGUUACUUUCAUUGUAAAUACUUUAAAUACAAAAAAAAAAAAUAUUUUAAUGAUGCUUGCU